UUUCAGAGGUUCCCACCUCCUCGCGCACUCUGGCCCUCCGUACUCUCCAGCCAUCACUCUUGUCCAGCUGGUGGAUUCCCAUUUAACCUGGACUUUAAGAGACUCCAAAGCCCAUCCCUGGCUGCUCCGUGCCCGCGUGGGCACUGCCUUGCCUCGCUCACCUGCUCACACCCUGCACACCUCCACCUGCCCACAGCAGCAGCUCCGGGAUGAAUCUCCACCUGGUGGAAGUGCUGUGAACCAGGGAACUAAACCUGCUAAAGCGCCAACAAAACAGGUCGUGGAGGCUCCCACGGGAAAAAAGUCUUUGCGCCAAAAAGUUGUGGAUGAGCUGAAGCAUUACUACAACGGAUUCCACCUGCUCUGGAUUGACACCAAGGUGGCUGCCAGGAUGGUGUGGAGGCUGCUCCACGGGCAGGUGCUCACCAGGAGGGAGAGGCGAAGGCUGCUGAGAACUUGUGCAGAUCUCUUCCGGCUGGUUCCCUUCCUGGUCUUUGUCAUUGUUCCCUUCAUGGAAUUCCUGUUACCUGUAUUCCUGAAGCUCUUCCCUGAAAUGCUGCCCUCAACAUUUGAGACGGAGUCAAAAAAGGAAGAGAAGCAGAAGAAGAAGUUAAAUGCAAAGCUGGAAUUAGCAAAGUUUCUGCGGGAGACCAUCGCAGAGAUGGCCAAAAGGAACAAGGCAGACACGGGGCAAGGGAAACAAUUCUCCUCUUACGUGCACCAGAUCCGUCACAGCGGCCACCGGCCCAGCACGCAGGAGAUCGUCCGCUUCUCCAAGCUCUUUGAGGAUGAGCUGACCCUGGAACACCUGGAGCGGCAGCAGUUGGUGGCUCUCUGCAAACUGCUGGAGCUGCAGCCCAUCGGCACCAACAACCUGCUCCGCUUCCAGCUGCUGCUCAGGCUCAGGACCAUCAAGGCAGAUGAUGAAAUGAUUGCCAAGGAAGGGGUCGGCGUCCUGAGCGUGUCGGAGCUGCAGAGCGCGUGCAGGGCCAGGGGGAUGCGGUCGCUGGGGCUCUCGGAGGAGCAGCUGAAGGAGCAGCUCGGGCAGUGGCUGGAUCUGCACUUGAAGGAGAAUGUUCCCCCUUCUCUGCUCCUGCUUUCCCGUGCCUUGUACUUAAUAGACAUAAAGCCACAAUCUGUUCCCAUUCCACAGAACAAGACAGGUGAAGCUGCUGGAGUGAUGACAUCCGUGCUUGAAAGUCAGGAGACCCUCCUGGAUCCUGCCCCUGUUGUGCAGGGAAGGAAGACUGAAGAGUUUGUGUCUCAGCCAAUGGAGAAGUUGCCAGUCUCGGAAGCACCGGUUAAUCCCCCACGAGAGGCCAAAAUGGAAGCGUCCCAGAGCAGCAAGGCCGGCGCAAACGGAGCCUAG